CUCCAUACUAAAUAGGAAACUGGACGUGAUGUGGAAUUAGAGCCUCCCCAGCUGAAGCCACCCAACACUUACUACAAAUAUAGCCGCGAUGCGUAGGCCACAAAAUGGCUCCACUCACUUUUCCCAAUGAAAAGCAAAUGGAUUUAGCAGUUUUAUCCCGAUGCGGGUGUCCUUCCUCUCUAUAAAGUCGUAAGUACCUUGAGGUGGGAGGAGUAAAUUCAGCCUGACACUGAGAGCGCUUUUGUUGAAACAGGAGAGACUUGCGGUGUCCCUACUUAAAUAUGACACAUGACGAUGGACAGGCCGCCCGCCCCGCCGCCCCCCAGUGACCCCCGCGAUGCCCGCCCCCCCCGGCGGCACGACUCGGAAACGGAGACCACGAGCGAGCCGGAGAGCAGCCGCGGGGGCAUGGAGGCGCCGGCCGACCCCCAGCUGCUGCUCAACGGGGCGGCCAAGGAGGCGGGCCGGCCCUCCCCCGGGCCCCCCGCCGCCCCCGUCCCCGUCAUCGAGCUGGUGCGCCGGGGGGGCUCCCUGGACAUAAAAAGCCGGGAGGCGGCGGGGGAGGCGAUGCAGAGAGCGCCGGGCGCCGAGCCGUGCCGCGCCGCCGAGGCCGCCUGCGAGGCCCGCAUGGUGCAGCUGAGCCCCCCCGCGCUCCCGCUGCAGCCCCCCGGCAGGGCCAUGCUCUACAACCUGGGCCAGCCGCUGGCCACCAUCAACAGCGGGUUUUUCGGCGAACCGGAUUCCUUCUCCAUGUACGGCAGCAACCGGGUGAAGAGGAGACCCUCUCCCUACGAGAUGGAGAUCACCGACGGUCCUCAUACGAAAGUGGUUCGUCGCAUUUUUACCAACAGCCGGGAGAGGUGGAGGCAGCAGAACGUCAAUGGAGCCUUUGCAGAGCUUCGCAAGCUCAUCCCCACCCACCCGCCUGACAAAAAACUGAGCAAGAACGAGAUUUUGCGCCUGGCUAUGAAAUACAUCAACUUCCUGGCCAAGCUGCUCAACGACCAGGAGGAAGAAGGAAACCAAAGGGGCAAAGUGAACAAAGACUCUGGGAUAGUCCAGGAAGACCUCCUGCAGGACAUGUUGUCUCCUAACUCUAGCUGUGGAAGUUCUUUAGACGGAGCGGCAAGCCCGGACAGCUUCACGGAAGAGCACGAAACACUAGAUUCGAAGCACACGCGGAGCCUGCACCAUGCCAUCCUCCCCGUAGAAGGCAACGCGCAGCGGUGAUGACCUUCCGCAUCGCUCCUGAAGCACCGAGGGGGAGGCGAGACCCGAGCGUGAGGAUGCUGGAACUUGUGCCCGUGGGAUUCGUGACUCUGCCUUUCCGCGGGGGCUCGGGCUCCCCGUUCUCCCCAGCCCGGGGACGGAGCAUCCGGCACGUUGGCCGAGGACAAGACCAAACCAGAUGGACGUUCGGCAUUUAGGUACGUGAUCGUACAAAGAAGAAAAGCCUUGAAGUCAUCUUCAUUGUACAUACUGCUCAUGAUGUGACUCUGUGGAGGGGCAGGAGACGUGGCCAGCACCUCUCCAGCGUUUGGAGGGUUUUCAGACCGUUUGAUGACCGUCGAUUUUUAAGCAGUCGCCUGGUUGAGACAUGAAACUCCUCUUUCACUGCCGGUGGAGGCCACUGACGCUUUCCAGCUCCACGUGGCACUGGAGACUGCUGAAAUCCGCCAGCGCCGCAGCAUUUCUCCAGCCUGUGGCACAUACAACUGGUCUGAGCAGGAGCUGUGGCCACGUCUUCCCAUUGUCCCAGAGAUUUUGACUGUAUCUUUUUAAAGAGGUGAAAAAAUAGCCUCAGCAAAAGAACUAUUAAAAGGAUUAAGACUUUUUCUUUUUCUCUCUUUUUUCUUUUUUAUUUUCUUUUUUUUUUUCCCCCCCCCUUUCUUCCUUUCCCUUCUACCUAACUUUGGAUUGUUUGGGGUUGUUGUAUUUAUGACGUGGGAUUAUUUCUGUUUAACGCUGUCAUGCCGUAUCCACUGAACGAAAAGGUACAUAGAUGUUUUCUGCCACCCUCCCGGUCCCUGAUUUUUCUGCUGGUAACGCUCAGCUGUUGUGUUCUCCUAGAGUUUUCCCAGUGGUUUCCGUAGGGCCAGAGCUUCUCUCAAGGCAAAUGAAUUUCAGAAUUGGUAAGGGAAAAAAAAAAAAAAAAUGCUGGUGAAGCAUCCCCUUGGACGGGGGGAUUUUUAAAUUCAAAAAGCAACAAAAAGGCAAAAGGAGUCGAUGACGCAUCAACAGUGCGCGUGUACAUAGGGUAUAAAAGGGUUUUAAUAGUAUACUUUGAAUUUUUUGGUUUUUUGUGUGAAAAUGGUGGUGGUUCAGCUGUGCCAAUGCCUGCAGGCUGCGCUCCAGGUGCUGGAUUCAAUCCGGUGUUAGGAGGGCCCAAGGCUGGUAGGAGCCCCCAGCCCUCCACUAAAAGCAGUGGUGGGAUUGGCCUCCACUCCCCAGCGCUUCAAUUGCUGCAAAAUUUAUGGCCGUGACUGAGCCGAUGCUCUGAUCCCUGCUUCCUCCUGGGAGGGCUUUUGGGAAGCAGGGGACUGCUGCUGGGAGCUGAGGACCACAUGGUGCCAUCACCGCUGCAUCAGGCCCAUCUCUCGCCCACCACCUGAUGCCUGAUGGAGCGAUGGCCCCAAGCCCAUCCUCUCCCUCUGCAGAGAUGUCAAGGCACAGAAAUCUCUACCAUAUUACAGUAAAAAAAACAACAACAAAAAGAAACAAACCAAAACCACCCACAAACAUCCUUUGGAAGGGAAAAAGUCCUUUGAGUGGGGACACCUUCCACGGCUCUCGUUCCUUUUCAAGGGUGCUGAGGUACAAGGACACACAGAGGAUUGGGGCAGGUGUCUGCAAGCCCCUCCAGGCUUCACCCAGAGCCCCAUCAUUUCCACCCCCGCUUGGUUUUAACGCCCCUUUGUAAAUAAUAGGUGGGAGGCUGGCGCGUGGGUUGGCACGUUAGGUGGAACUAGUUGCCGGGGAAGAGGUCCUGGCCUGAGGAAGGGUUUCCAGCAGAGACUCCAAAGCCACCAACCUCCCUCAUCUUAAACUGGGGAAAAGGAAGAAAAUUCCCUCCUGGGUCCGGAUUGCCUGUGCGUGGGCGUUGGGUUUUUUUUCUGAAGGGGGUUACCCGCAGGGCUGGGCCAGGGGAGAGGUGCCGGCGGGUGAUGGAGUGAUGCUGAGGAAGAGGUUUGGGCUGUUCCCGGUGCCAGGGGUAGGAGAAGCAGGUGGUGGGGGCUGGCAGGCCCUCCAGGGAAGGGAGAGGGAUGUUGUCGCACAGGUAAAGCUGUUCUUGGUUUUUAGUGUUCAAAAUAACCCUGGGGUAUGUGUGUGUGUGUGGGGGGGUGUUGUGCACCCUUUUUAUUAAACUAUUGCAAGAAAAAGUCACCGACUCUCAGAAAUUCCUCAUCCCUCACCAUUUUUUAAUUUUUUUUUAAUCUUUUCGGUAGCUGAACAGUUGGGAAAAUGGUACAACCGUGGCGGCACCCCCCCCCCCCAACCCCCCCAGCACCCUCACGCACACACGCGCCUGCUUGUAGCCUGUAGCAGAGCAGACCGUAGGUCUCCUGGGGUAUGUACAGUUGUACUUUAAUUGUGAUUUGAAUGGUACAUUUCCCCUGCCCACCUCUCCUCCUGCCUGCUUCAUCUCUCGCUGUGUGGACCAUCGUCGUUCCCCCCCCCCACCCCCCCCACCCCGUUUCUGUUGGAAACAGCACUUUGCGGCGAUGUCGCACCGUGUGAGUGAAUUCCCACCUGACGAUUUUUGGGUUUUUCAGCCCCCCUCCCUUUCUCUGCCGCCCUCCCCUUGGAUUUCUGCAUUUUUUCUGCAGAAAUGAAGUAACCAGACCUGGUACCCUGAGUCUCAACCCACUGUGGAUGUGCUACUUAGAAAACACAUUUGUUGUAAUGUGUGUGUAUAUAUAAAUAUAUAUAUAUAAUGAAUAUAUCAAGAAUAUUUCU